AUUCUAAUACGCAAAAUGUCAUACGUUUUGUUUUGGUGAAGAGUUUUAUGUUACAAUUUCGUUUUAUUAUAAAAUAUAAUUAUUAAUUUGUGCCUGAAUCAAUAGACAGAAUUGAUACUCUUUUACCGAUGAAUAUAAAGUGAUAUUUAUUGCUAGUUCUUGCGAAAAAAUAACUUUAAACUUCUGUUUUCUACUGCCUGGUGUAAUUAUAGGAGCCUUUGUCUUAAAAUGGAUUAUGUUACUACUCUAAAGAUCCUUGUAAUUGGUGAAAGUGGUGUCGGGAAGUCCAGUAUAAUACUGGCAUUCACUACUGGAGAUUACAACCAGUCAUUCCCGGCCACAAUUGGUGUAGAUUAUAAAUGCAAGGUAAUGGAAGUGAAUGGUGUAAAAGUGAAGCUCGGUAUUUGGGACACAGCUGGCCAGGAGAGGUACAGGACAUUGACUUCUAGUUUUUAUAGAGAUGCACAUGGAGCAAUAUUAGUUUACGACAUAUCAGAACCCAAAAGUCUUGAUAAACUAAAGGAGUGGGUAGAUGAACUACAAGUUUACUCGACAAAGAAAAACAUUGUAUGCUUAGUGGUGGGGAAUAAACUUGAUAAGCCACGUGCAGUACCGCGAGAACUUGGACAAGCCUUUGCACAGAAACACAGAAUGUUGUUCAUAGAGAGCAGCGCUAAAACACAAGAAGGGAUCAACUUGGCUUUUGAAGAGCUCGUGCAAAAGAUUAUCGAGACACCAGGCUUGUGGGAGACGGGCGGUGCCUCAUCUAACAUUCGUAUAUCAAACGAGGAACGGAGACAGGAAGCGUCCUCGUGUUACGACUACACCUGUUCUAUAUAAAUAGAUUUAUACACUGUACCGGUUGGCAUUGCAUCGUUGUUAAUGAAUUGGGAUGAUGCUUGGGUAA